AUGGCUCCGUCAUCAUGUCCGCUUUUGUUGGAAAACCGUGCGCUCAUUGACUCAUUAGGUUAUAUAGAUACGGAAUAUAACUCGGCAUCAAGUCAGCAACAAGUACAGGCUCAGAUCCGUGCUGAAAUGGCCACAUUCUCCCCUCCAAAAGACAAAUAUCUUGCGUUUUUACCUCCCUAUUCACCGUCUUUCGGUGGUCGAACACGACUUCAGAUCGAAUUUAAGCGCGUAUCAGCCAACGUUGCAUUGAAUGCUAUCGAUAUAAACCGGUAUCAAGUCUCCGAGCCCACGGGGAAGCAAGCAGCGAGUCUCGAGACAUGGGAACAAGCGGUUAAACAACUCCAAGUAGCAGUCGAACAUCAGAACAAUUGGAUGCUGAAUCUUGAGCUACAACAAGGUUAUGGGACUAAACUGGCUAAGGUCCGGACCGCUGUCAUGGACGGUAUGAAUCGUCAAUAUGAUCACAUGGUGCAGGAAACCAAGACGGCCUCGGACAAGAUCAAUUUGAGCAGACAACAAGAACAAUUACGGAACAUGACGAAGCUGCACAAUUAUCAGAGCAUAUACAAUGAACUUCUUGUCAAGAAUGCAUGCAUUAAACGAGCAUGUGUGGAAAAGGAGAGGCAGCAACAGAAGAAGCUCAAGACGGCGUGA